UAUUUCGGCUCAAACUGUGGUUAUGGUUUUCUGACGUGUUGCAGGUAUUAUCGUGGCGCGGUCGGCGCGCUGCUGGUGUACGACAUCGCCAAACAUCUGACCUAUGAGAACGUGGAGCGCUGGCUGAAGGAGCUGCGAGAUCACGCCGACAACAACAUCGUCAUCAUGCUGGUGGGAAACAAGAGCGACCUGCGCCACCUGAGAGCCGUUCCCACCGACGAGGCGCGCGCUUUCGCAGAGAAAAAUAACCUGUCAUUCAUCGAGACGUCCGCUCUGGACUCGACUAACGUGGAGGAGGCCUUCAAGAACAUCCUAACAGAAAUCUAUCGCAUUGUAUCACAGAAGCAAAUCGCUGACCGAUCAGCUCAUGACGAGUCGCCGGGAAACAACGUAGUGGACAUCAGCGUCCCGCCGACUACAGACGGCCAGAGGGGCAACAAACUGCAGUGCUGCCAAAACCUGUAACCAUGACAACCAGCCCUCACCUGUCACUCAUCUCGUCUCCCUCUACAUGUCGUGCCGCUAACAUUCUCAGUUUUAUUGUGUAAUAUAAAUGUCUUUUUCUUUUUCUUUUUGAUAGCUUGUCCUCUCACAUACACACAUAUGACUGCCAUGAGUAAACUUUUACAGUAUCUGACUGAGCUCUGGAUUAUUGGCUGCAAGACUGUGGUUGAAAAAUGAAAAUCAGGUUUAAAAAUGCAAGUAAAUAUUCCACUAUCAUACAGAA